UCCUUCUCGCUAUUGCAUCUGCGCACCAUAAUCUAUCCUACAGCCGGACCUCGACGAAGGAGUUCCAGCGCAAGAAGAAAAGGAAUUUGAGAUAUUUGGUUGAACAUAUUGGGAUUGAAUUCCCUUGGCGAACGCCAGACAUCUUUUCAUCUUUCUUUAUUCGUUGUGAUCGUUUUUAUGACGGUUUUGAGAAAAGACGGGCCAUUGCCGUGGCAUCCAGGAAGUAUAGAAACUAAAAACUUUCAAAAGUCUAUAGAACCUAUACAGGGGUUUAUGAAUAUCCAAGAGUAUUCUUACUCAUUUCAUACUGGGAGUGGACUUCAUCGAAAACACAAAACUAGCAGUAGAAGUUAUACAGGAAAUCGGUCAAAAUGGCCACAGUCAACAUCAACAGCGAAGUCACUGACCCGUUCUACCGCUAUAAGAUGCCUAGGCUCAUAGCCAAGGUUGAAGGAAAGGGGAAUGGGAUUAAAACUGUAAUUGUGAAUAUGUCUGAAAUUGCUAAGGCAUUAUCAAGACCACCAACAUAUCCAACAAAGUUUUUUGGAUGUGAAUUAGGAGCACAAACCAUGUUCGACUUCAAAAAUGAACGCUUUAUUGUCAAUGGUUCUCAUGAUGCCAGCAAGCUUCAGCAGCUUUUGGAUGGCUUUAUCAAACGUUUUGUACUGUGUCCUGAGUGUUCAAACCCAGAAACUCAAUUGACUGCUUCUCAGAAAAAACAGACCAUCUCACAACGUUGCAUUGCAUGUGGUUACACUGGUAUGAUUGAUAUGAGGCAUAAACUGACCACAUUUAUUCUGAAAAAUCCUCCUGAUCAGGAUCCUGCUGCUACACCUACUAAGCAGACCAAGAAAGACAAGAAGAAUAAGAAGGCAGUGAAUGGAGAGAAGAAGGAUGAUAGGUCUAGCCCUGAGGCCAAUGCACAGGAGCAGAUGGCUGCCCAGAGAGCCACUGGAGGGGAACUAACUGCUCCCCCAGUUGUGGAAACCAGUAAGAAUGAAGAUGAUGAUUGGGGUGAAGACUUCAGCGAAGAGGCAGUGAAAAAGAGGAUGGAAGAACUCAGCGAUGCAGCUAAACAGAUGGCCUUUACUGAUGAUUUAGAAAAGACCCAGGAAGAAAGACUCAACAUGUUCUACAAAUUUGUUGAGUUGAAACGUGAGACUUUUGCUGGGGGAGGAGACAAAGAAGUGGUUGCCGAGGCUGAACGCUUAGAGAUUAAGGACAAGGCACCUCUGAUAUUGGUGGAGGCACUUUUUGAUGUCAAAGUCCUUACUCAGCUGAAGCAGCACCGUAAUCUGCUGCUUAGGUUUUGCCAUGAAAACACUAAAGCGCAAAAGUAUCUGUUGGGAGGAAUUGAGCAGUUGGUUGGAAAUGUACACAAGGAAGAGCUUCUGCCUAAAGUUCCACAUAUCCUGAAAGCAUUAUAUGAUCUAGAUAUUGUUGAUGAAGAAGUGUUGCUGGACUGGGACAAGAAGGUGUCAAAGAAGUAUGUUGACAAAAAGAUUUCAACUGAGAUCCACGAAAAAGCAGCUCCUUUCAUCAAUUGGCUGAAGGAGGCAGAAGAGGAUGACUCUGAGGAAGAUGAGGAAGACCAUGUGGAGGUGGUAUACUCAAAUUUUGAGAAAGUGGGUCAGCAAGAAGUGCCCAAGCCAGCAAAGGCCGCCCCUCCACAGGAAGAGGAAGACGAAGAUGAUGAUCUGGAUAUUGAUGAUAUCUAAGGAUAUCAGUGAUAUCUAAGAUCACACACAUAUACUCUGCUCUCUUUUAGGAAAUUCUUCAUUCCACUAAUAUAAAAAUGUAUGCUUUGUGAUAGCUGAAAUAUCAGCAGUGGCUGUAGAUUCAUUCAUGACUCAAGAUAGAAGAACUUUUGAAAGACUUGUGACUUUUCCUUUCUUAUUUUGAAUAUUAUAUCUAAUUGUUUUUGGGUAAAGGAUUACUAUUGGCUUCUUUUUAGCAAAUGCAUUAUUCAGUUUUUACAUGCCUUUUGAAUUUUAUGGACAGGGCAUCUUGUUUGUUUUCUAUUCUGUGCUGGUUGAGGCAUAGAAGACAAUUUUAUCUGUGUUAGAAUAACUUUCUGCAAUCCACAAAUUAAAGAAACUCAUGUUGAUUGUCACUUGUCAUAGUUUGAUUUUCUGAAACUAGACAACUGGAUUUCUUGUAGGUUUGUUUCUCUGAUUUUUACUGAUUUCUUUACUUAAUAUUUAAAAAUUAUUUUUAUAGCAUUCUUCUCUUUUUUUGUUUGAUAUUUUAUUUAAUCUUUUCAUUAUUUGUGUAUGAAUAUAUGCAUGAUAUCUGUAAUAUAUUUUGUGUUUAUAGAUUCACAUACUGAUCUUGUACAUGUGCUAUGUUUAAACUGUUGUAUUCAAGGAAAAAAAGCUUCAAUGAAUCUACUGCUAUCUAUAAAUUGAUAUCUCUAGUU